AUCUGAGAACCUGGGAAUGCCAAUUCCGAUCAAUACACAAAAUUUCACCAGAGCAACAGAUAUCACCACACGCGCAUCAGCACACCAGAGCACGAACACGGCACCAUGGGCGUCACCAACAAGCGAACAAUCACCAAGACCCGGCGCAAGACCAGGGAUUUGGAUCAGAUCAAGGCUGAUCUCGAAUCGCCCAAGCACCUUGCCCAGUUUCAACAGUUGAAGGCUGCUGAAGAUCUACCGGCCCUCGGGCGCCAUUACUGUGUAGAGUGCGCCAAGUAUUUUGACAGCGACGAGGCGCUCAGCAGACACACUUCGGCAAAACCGCACAAGCGCAGGCUCAAGCAGCUUCGUGAGGGACCCUAUACACACAAAGAGGCUGAUGCGGCUGGUGGUCUUUGGACAGACAACGGCCGCCCUCAGGACGAUCCGAUCUCCAAUGAAGACUCCAUCAUGACAACAUGAGGGUAGUGAAUCUACUACACUGCGCUACGAAUCGAGGGCGCUUCCGAGCCGAACAGACCCCUCGAUGCUACCUGUCAACCCUCGAGGCUUUUCACCAGCCCGUCAAGAUCGAGGAGGAGCAGAACACAGGUCACCAAAAGCCAUCGCAAUAGCUGGUCCACCUAGCAGGGCUCCCGCUGAAGAGGAUACUGUGACCGCACUUCAAGGGUUUCAUAUCGGAGUGAUCUUGGGAGUUUAG